ACACUGACAAUUUCGUUUCCAGUCACCUGGCUCGAUUUCACUCCGUCCUGGUGCACGCGAUAUGGCCGAAAGAAGCUGUCAAAAGAAGCAGUACCAAAGUCCGAAAGUUGCAUGAGGUUAUGUGUGAAGCUAAAUCCUUACUGCAAAGCAGUGGAGUGGUGGACGAAAGCUGGCGGUUUGUGCUUUGAAUGUACUCGGCCAUCAUGGAUGAGACGGUACAGGGAUGCCAGUGAUCUCGCUAACCCACCGCAUGUGUUCAUUGAAAAACUCGGUAAGAUUGUCAUAAAAGAUAUCAUUGGCCGUGGAUGUGUAUCCUGGGAAGACUCCCAUAUGAAAGAGGUGGGGAUGAUGGUCGGAAAUUUUUAAUUAAACCCCUAAAAGAGACCAAUCUGGGCGUGGUCCGACCUUUUUUGACCCCUAAAAGAGACCAUUUUGUGGACAAAGACAUUCUGUUACAAUUUCUCUUGGUAUUGAUGUUAUAGAAAACUUUGAUUACAUGAAUCGAGUAAGUAAACCGAAUUGAAAAUAUACAAUUUUUUAUAUUUCUCCGCUUGCAACCCUAAAAGAGACCUUUACGGCUAACUUUAGUGGCGUUUUGCCAGAAAACCCUAAGUUAGACCAAAAUCCGACAUUUACACCCCUAAGCAAGACGACGAGAAUCCCCGCCCCUUUCAUAUGGGAGUUCCCCCCAAGAUGUGUAUAAAGGGUUUUGUUUAUCUUUUGUCCCACGUUAGCCACUUAGCAACUGAUUCGCAGCGUUUCGACCUCGUACUAUUGGCCUUCCCAUCAUUCCAUAGUGUCGAUUUACUGAGUGUGUUUAGGGACGUUAAGAUCCAACGACGUGACGACAACAACAACGUUGCUUAACCAGUGAAUUAGCGUUAUUUCAGUUUUUAUCGUGAUUAUUCCUACCCACUUAGUUCGUUAAAUGCAGGCAAAAACUCCUAAAGUUGAAUUCCAAGGGAAUAUAUCCAAUGAAGUUCAAGAGGGAAAAUAAAACUUCGCCGUUACUGGUUUAAAUUCUCCCUGUAACGCGAAAUUAGGCAUUUUCACGUCGUAGUCGUGCAAAAACGGCAAAGAAAUGUACAUAACACGAUGGUCGGUUGCUAGGGCUUUUGCUCCCGUUUGGUUCUUAAAUACAAUUUCUGGCUUACAGAGGGGUAGUUUAUAUUUCAAAUGAAGCAAAACAUCAGAACAUCUUAAUUGGAGAAAAGUUUUCUUUAAAUUUUUACAAUUGUAAAGGUAUUUUUGACUUUUCUUGAAAGUAUGACGUCAUAAGUGACACCUAUUUUUAGUAACAACGUUAAAAAUUUGAUAAGCAGUGUUCAAAAUGCUACAAACAUUUUUGUUACAGAAAAACAAUAUUUACAGUGAAAACCCCAUCUCAAUCGGAUAAAAUGGCGUGAAGUUACAGGUAACUAAAGAAAUUCAAAUUUCCCGCCUCAUGACCAUAUAUGGUCAAACUUUAGGGGUAUUUUAACGCGAAAAUAAUGAAUGUAUUUACAACGAAAAAAGGACAAAGCUGCAUAAAAUCAAAAUUGUAGUUUUUUGAAUUCGGCAUAUGUGGUGCUAUGACGCGUAUUUCGUCACAAAUUACGUCAUUAUGACGUCAAAAUGACGUAAUUCGUGACGAAAUACGCGUCAUAGACCACACAUCCUAAACUCAAAAAACUACAAUUUUGUUUUUAUGCAAAUUUGUCUUUUCUCCGUUGCGACUACCUUCAUUGUUUUCGCGUUAAAAUACCCCUAAAGAUUGACCAUAUAUGGUCAUUUGGCGGGAAAUUUGAAUUUCUUUAAUUAAAUAUAACUUUGCGCCUUUUCAUCCAAUUGAGAUGGGGUUUUCACCAGAAAUCAUAGAAUUCUAUACAGAAAACUAAUGUAAAACUUUUAGCAUUUCUUUCCUGAAUUUUCUUUCUGAUGCCAAAUUUGGACAUCAUUUAUGACGUCACAGUAGAAGUCACAUGGGAUGAAAUAAACACCAAUAAAUAGGUAAUUUAUCAACUUAGUUCCUUGCCAAGUUUUGUUACAUUCGAUGCAUUCUACUUCUCUCUAUGGCCUAAAACUCUCAGUUUUGAGAGGUAUGGGAGCAAAAUCCCUAGCAACCGACCACCGUGUAAAAAGCGUGCUGCACGUGCAAAAUUGUUGUUUUGCUUGUUUUACCAAUUGCUUUUUUAUACUCUUUAAAAAGUCCCUUUUCUUGUCCCUUUUAUUAGUACCACCGCGGUUGAUUGUGAUUGGUGUACCACGAACCUUUCUCGUGGCUGCCUGUGGCUUUCGAGCCAAAGCGUUGUUGGCAUCAUUAGUUCCUCUCAGCGGUCUGUUUUGGUACCGAUUGGUUGUUGUGUUAUCUUACCAUAAGCACCCACGCUUUUACAAGAAUCUCUAUUCCACUGCUCCUGUUAAUGUUUUUAAGGGUUAAGUCUUUUUUGAAUAGCCUCUAUAUGCUUUACCAACUGCAACUGCAAUUCUUUAAAAAAAAAAACUUAAAAAGUUGCUUGAAAGUAAUUGAUGGACUUAUGGACCGCCAUUAUUUUUCACUAGUUAAUACUUGUCAAUCCAGUCCUUGUAAAAACGGAGCAACUUGCACGCAAACGGAAACUCCACAAAGAUACGAAUGUACAUGCAGACUUGGUUACAAAGGAGUCAACUGCGAGACAGGUAUCGUAGUGAAGGUUUUGUAUUGCCUUGCUCAUCUUCUAGAGUCCGGCCUGUUAUAAAUUCAAAGGAAAAAGAAAUAAAAAAAUAUAUUACCUGAUGGAUUGCAAAUAACGAAAGUGAGAGUUUUGGGGAACUCAGAAAUGGCCUGCAUAACGUGCAAUUUUCAAUACAAAUAGGAAGAACAUGCUUACCCACUACUUGGUUUCCAUAUGAAUUUCCCGCUAUGUCUCCUCUUCAACCGCUGGUUUACAUCCCGGAUCUUAAAUAAACCGACUGUGUGAGUCAAAUUCCGUGGUCAUAGCUUAAAUGGACUUUUUCUAGCUACAUCUCUAUUACCAAAGUUAGGGACUCCUGCUAUUACCGAUGGACAGGAAUUUGUGGACUGCUAUGCGAGUCGAUGGCAAGUUAAAGUUGAUGAUGUCAUCUAGAUCCCUCCCGGGUGGAAUUGUAUUUUUCAGACAUAAGGUCAAUAUAAUAAAUUGCUGUUUGGCUAAAUGGACUCUGGUACAUUGUAAGACUUAUUAGAAAUAAUAAGUGUCGUGCAUCAUUUUCGUACAGACAUUAACGAGUGCGCUUAUCACAAUGGCGGAUGUUCACACAACUGCAAAAAUACAAAUGGCAGUUACCAUUGCUCGUGCCCAGACCCCGAGCUGAGUUUGGCACUGGAUAAUCAUUCAUGCAUUGGUGAGUACCCUGUGAUUUUAAAUAAGGGGCGUUAUGUGAAGAUUAUACGCGCAAAGAGAAUGAGUCUGCGGAAUAGAUUUAAUGUUAUUAAAUACCCUUAUCAAUUAAUUUAUCAAUUGAUUUCGGGGCUUUCGAUUCUGAUAACAGUAGCUUCUUAAGCUUCUUAUUCGACCUUUUAUCUCGUGAUUUAAAAGAAUCAUGCAAAAAAAGAAAUGAAUGAAUAAUAAGAAAUUCCAAAAGAACUGUGUUUACUGAGAAUAAGAGUUUAAUUACCAGUGUGUAAAAGUAAGGAAAGAAAGGGUCUUUACGAUCGCAGAUUUUUUGCUAUCGACGAAAGUAAAAAAAAUAUCUAUGACUUCAAACAAAUAUGUGCAUUCAAGCAUCAAUGUUGGAACUAUCAGUAAAAAGAAAUCAUUAGUGAUUCACGGGGGGUCAACCACAUUUGCAUUGAGAUAUUCACAGUAAGUAGACAAAGAAUAGCCUCGUUUUCCUCGGGGAUAAUUGAGCAAACGAAAUAUGAGGGUGCGAGUGAAAAUUCCUCCGCGCGCGAGGAGAGGGACGCAGAGGAAGGAUUGUGUCACCUUCCGCGCGUGUGGCGAUUUUCACUCGCGCUUGUGUGAUUCACUCGCUCCGCCAUCCACGAGGAAAAUGAGCGACUACUCGGACGAAUACCGUACACUGCCGCGCAAGCCCCCUACUUACAACCCCCCUCCCCCUCCCCCCUGUAAUUGGACCAUCUUCCUAUUAACGAAAAAAAUGCAUUCUAAGCUCCCACUAGUUUCAGUUAUAAGCCCACUCUGAAUUCGAAUUAUUAUGCUUUGAAGCUUAUAAAAUAACUGAAAACAAGUAAACGCAAAACCCAUUUUGAUCAGCACUGCUACAGCUAGUUUCGAAUCGCUUCUUCUAUUUCGUUUAUAAGCCCUCCUCGGAUAUAAGCCGCUCCGUUUAUAAGCCACAUCUAAACGUCUUACAAAGAUGUAUAAUCCCAGGGCUUAUAAACAGCAGCUUACGGUACACCAGAUAACUAUAUUCCUUUGUACUUUCUUGUAGCCAAUGGUGUGACCGUGCGAUGUGGUGAAAAAGUUAUGGCAAUCACUCUCCCUAAAUCGCUUCUCCUCGGCUUAAACCGCGAGCAUCUCACUCUACGCGAUGAAAAUUGUGUUGCCACGGAAACCAGCACACAUUUCACCCUUACCACUACAUUGACGGGCUGUGGCACGAUCGCCAGAUACAGGGGAAAGGCAACGGUUUAUAGUAACACAGUCAUGGAGAUACCGGUUGCAGGUGACGCGAUCAUAACAAGGGUUCGUGAGAUUAAGAUACCCUUUCGCUGUUACUACAAGAACUCUGGUCAAGCUUUUGCUGUUGGAGUUGAACCUGAUACCAGGAAACUGGUUUUUAAUGAAGAUGGAAAAGGAAAUUUCACAGUUGCUUUGGACAUGUUUCCAGAUGAAAGGUCUUGAAUGUUACUCACUGGAUAUAUUAGGACUAAUUGUUGCUCGAAGUAUUAACUUAUAGGUUUUGCAACUUCAUGUAAUACCAUGUAUUACUAUCAUGAGGAUUAUGGCGAAGCAAGUACUGANGCAGGUGACGCGAUCAUAACAAGGGUUCGUGAGAUUAAGAUACCCUUUCGCUGUUACUACAAGAACUCUGGUCAAGCUUUUGCUGUUGGAGUUGAACCUGAUACCAGGAAACUGGUUUUUAAUGAAGAUGGAAAAGGAAAUUUCACAGUUGCUUUGGACAUGUUUCCAGAUGAAAGGUCUUGAAUGUUACUCACUGGAUAUAUUAGGACUAAUUGUUGCUCGAAGUAUUAACUUAUAGGUUUUGCAACUUCAUGUAAUACCAUGUAUUACUAUCAUGAGGAUUAUGGCGAAGCAAGUACUGAAUUUUACAACAGGAAAACAAGAUCGCCAUAGGGGACGUUCAUCGCGCUUUUGGUUUAAUAUUUUGAGUAGUAUAGAUUAUAAUUAGACUUUUUUCCGGCUUGAGUGUACAGGUUUUCCUAACCAGUGGAAUGGGAUAUAUACUUAGCCUUUUGAAACAAGAAACGAUUGGCAUUAUUUUGAAAUGGGACAUUUCCACAACUUAACCCCUUCUCCAAAUCUCUCUGACUCCUGCCCUCCCCAGCUGAGCUGCCUUACCGCCGUGAGUGACGUCAGAAGUCCCUGUUUCAGUCCAAUAUUUUGUGACUGAUGUCAAGAAUCGUACAAUAAUAGUGGACAUCUUCCAAAUUUAUUCAACGUAAGCUGGUUAUGAGGAUCAUUCAAGCAGAAGCAUCUCAGCCACUCAGAACAAGAGGAGUAUUUCGAAUGAAUAAAAAUAUUUAUUUUCAAUUCAUUAGGUUUUCUUCAGCCUAUACUCCAAAAGAUUACCCUGUGGAAGUCAAGUUGAGAGAGCAUCUUUAUUUUCAAGCAUCUGUGAAAACCAAGGACAAAACUCUGUCAGUUUUAGCUGAGAACUGUUACUCUACCCCCUCCAAGAACAGAAAUCAUGAUGACAAAUAUUAUCUUAUCAAGGACGGGUAAUCAAGUAACAAAUAAUGUAAAAACUAAUUUAUAUUAUCAAGAUAGCACUGACUAUGAAUAGGUGCAACGUCCUACGUUUGUUGUUGUUGUUGUUGUUGUUGUUGUUGUUCGUUGGGUCUUCUUGACUACGGCAAGCUGUAUAAUCGCUUUUGAAUAACUUUAGGCCAGCGGUUAUGAGAAAUAAGUCGCCCCAUAUAAUGGAAUCCAAGGCAGUCUUUGAUUUUGGAUUCCACGCCGUGGAUUCCGGAUCCCAAGUAAUGGAUUCUGGAUUCCGGAUUCCAAUCAUUAGUGAGAUUCCGGAUUCCUUGGGCAGUAUUUCGAAUUCCAAAGCCCGGGAUUCCAGAAUCCACAAGCAAAAAUUUCCUGGAUUCCGGCCAGGUCCAAAUUCCCUUACAUGAGGCGAAAAAAGAAUCAGACAACACUUUUAAUGCACUGCACUUUAUCAGUAACGUUGUCUUCGUGUUGUUUUGUUUUUGCUUUUAAUUUGUUUCGGUUUUUUAAAGCCAAUUCACCAUUCCCUUGUGACUUAAGGAAAUUGAUGUAUUAUUAACAGAGAGAGAUAUUUGGAACGCUCUUAUGAUAAAAUAACUUGUAUUUACGACAGGGAAUAGCAAUAAAUAGUUACAAUAAUUUGAUGCUUUCAACUUUCAGCUGCCCCGUCGAUAAAUCCACCGCCGUCGUGAAGUCGAUAAAAGUGAGCAAGACAAGGUUCAAAACUGAAGCCUUCAAGUUUAUUGCAGAUCACCCCUUCGUGUUUGUCCAUUGCGAAAUAAGGAUUUGUGACGCAAGAAAUUCAAACUCCAGAUGUGCACAGGGUUGUAUCACAGAAAUGAGAAAAAGACGUGACGUCAGAAAUGAUGACGUAUUGUACCCACUGGCACAGGGACCGCUAACAAUCAGCAGUGAUACGACACCGAACUUAAGCUCGGCUACAAAGUCAGCCUUGCAAGGUAAACAGAAUGACAUAAUACAUAUAGUGUGAGUAGAAUUAGGGUGCGUUCGAUUAACCAUAUUCAGGAAUAAAAAUACGCAUAAAUUUGUGACAAAUUUCUUUAGCCUGCCUCGCAGGCGCCGUAAUGGUAAGGGAAUCGGGACUGAAGAGGAAAAGGGAGGGAUUUUGGAACCAAUCAGAAAUUUUUUAAGUGAUUUUUAGAUUUUACUAAGAAAUGAAAGCUAAAAAAAAUGAUUUUUAGGGUUUAUCCAUCAAUGUAUUCUUAAUCCAGAAUACAGUCAAUUGAACGCGUUCUUAAUGGAACUGAGAAUGACCUCAUCGUUUGUGGAAGUAGCAAACGACAGACAAACUAAGUUCAUGAAAUUGCAUCGCAGAGUUGAAUACAUAACUUUACCUGGUUUUAACACUAACACGUACCCACAAGUCCAUUUAGGUACGCUGACCAGCAAGUAAGCAUAUUUACAAAAAAAUCACCUUUUAUAUCUUUGUGUUUGUGUUUCAGGUGUUACUGUUCCCGCUGUCCUUGCAAUGGCAGUAAUAUCUUCGCUUUGCAUUGUGGGAAUGGUCUGGUUACUAAACAAAAGAUCCCUCUAAGCCAUUGUCCUCACUCAGAGGGUUAUAUGCUUCUGCUAUACUUCAUAAGCAAGUCACAUAUCUACAUGCUACUUCAGCUGGACAUUUUGCAGUGUUUUGGUGACAUUUAA